AUGGCUAAAGACAUCCUGGGUGAUGCAGGCCUUCACUUUGAUGAGCUGAACAAACUUCGAGUGUUGGACCUUGAGGUGACUCAGCAGACCAUAGAACUCAAGGAGGAAUGCAAGGACUUUGUGGACAAAAUUGGCCAAUUUCAGAAAAUAGUAGGUGGCCUAAUUGAGCUUGUGGACCAACUUGCAAAAGAAGCUGAAAAUGAGAAGAUGAAGGCAAUAUUGGAGCACACAUAUUUACUUAAAUCCAUAACAGCAAAAGGAGGCCCAACAGUAGCAGCUCCAGGGUCUAAUAGCAGAGAAGAAAAUGCAGCUAGAAAGGUAUUGGGUUGAAUAUGAAGCUUUGCGUAAAGUAGAAGCAGAACAAAAUUAAUUUAUUGACAAAUUUAUUUUUCAGAAAUAAACUGAUUUUUACAGGAAAAAAAAACUACCAAAAAAAACCCCAAAUACUCCUACAUAGAGAAAUCCCUUUCAUUCCAGUAAACUUGAUGACUAUGUGUGCACAUAUGCAAUUUCGGAUCAUAACAAAUACCAUAUCUUCUUGAA